CUGCCAGACAAGGGACUACUGCCUGGUGAGACACAGAAGAGGGACUACUGCCAGGACAUGGACCAUGAAUUCGAAGCCUUCCAUGAUCGCCAAGAUGACGCAUUCUCCACAUUCCGAAACAAGGGAAAAGCUGUGAUAAUACUAAGACAAUGGAUCCGACAACCUUCAUCCAUCCUCCUUUGUGCCCUGUCUACACUCUGUGUCCUGCUCCUCAUCGUCAUCCUUGUGGUUGUGUCACAACAUGCAGUCAACCAGACUGAGAAGAACUUCAAGAUUCAGAAUCUGAGUGCGGCAGUAAGAUCCGACAUAGAGCAUCUGUCAGUACAUGAUAAACACCUGAAGGACAUUAGCUCGUCUGUGGAGAAGAUAAUGACGGCAAUAACGAGAGUAGGUUCUCUGGAGAGCGACGUUCAGAGGGUCCUCAGCGCUGUGGGCAGAUUGGCUGAUUCCCUAGAAAACAGAAAUGAAUCCCAGGAAACCCUGUGCAGCAAAGGAUGGACACAUCAGUCUCUGAAAUGCUACUAUAUCGCUAAGAAAUUCAAGACCUGGUCAAACGCCAAGAAAGACUGUGAAAAACAAGAGGCACAUCUGGUGGUGAUAAACAAUGAAGAGGAGCAGAAUGCGAUGAGCACAUUGACAAGGGGAUUAUCUACAUGGAUCGGAUUGACAGAUGUGGAUGGAGAAUGGACAUGGGUGGAUGGAACUUUGUAUAACUCUACAUCUAAAUUUUGGGAUGAUAAUCAGCCGGAUGAGUGGUUCGGCCAUGGUCUUGGUGGAGGCGAGGACUGUGGCCAGAUGGAGUUUGGUGAUCUUUGGAAUGAUGCCCAUUGCUCCCUUAGUCUUCCAUACAUUUGUGAGAAGGCAAUCCCAUGAAGCACCUCCAGCUUGGAUCCCACUGCCCCUACAUUUUACAGUUACUCAUGUUUCUGAAUCGUAAAGGGGACGGUGGGAGACGCCAUCAGUCAUAGAAUAGUCCUACAGACAUCCGGUCCAUCUCUUCUUGGACACAAUGACUGUACCAGUAUCACUAAUUACAGGGGGCCGGAUCUGUGGUGCUAUGGUAGACGGUGUCCCAAGAUGAAGCCUGAAUCAGCUUUACAAUUGGUGUUAAUAAAACAUUUCUGAUUGUUUUC